GUUUAUUAAGGGGUAUCGGGAACACAUUUUCGAUUGGAUCGAGUCUACCAUCUCAUUUGGGUCAAAAAUAGCAUUCGACUAUGACAUGUGGAAGCUCUGUCAGCCGAGAAGUCAAAGUCGGAUCAAAUGUUUUAGAUUCCUCGUCCCGCGUUGUGGUCCCAGCUUCAAGCGAUUUUCCUGCCCAUCAGCAGGUGAUGCGGAUUCCAAGGUCGUCAAGCUUUCACUAGGGAGUGUAAAGGGUCGUCGGCUGAGCGGUAUCUAUGGUGACGUAUACUACAGCUUUGAGGGGAUUCCCUUUGCCCAGCCGCCACUGGGAAAAACCCGAUUUGGGCCCUCUCAUUCGGCAAAUCCGUGGAAUUCAGAGCUCGAUGCUCGGCAGGAGCGACCGAUUCCUCUGCAGAUGGACAGAAGGACUGGCAAGAUUGUCGGCAGCGAGGAUUGCCUGUACUUAAACGUAUACACCAAGCAUUUCAAUGAAUCGGAGCCCCCUUUGCCCGUCAUGGUGUAUAUCUACGGUGGUGCAUUCCGCACGGGCGGAGCUGUAAGGAGCAAAUACGGGCCGGAUUAUUUGAUGAGCAAGGAUGUUGUUUACGUGCUAUUUAACUAUCGCCUCUGCUCCCUGGGAUUCCUUAGUAUGCCCAGUUGCGAGUUGGACGUGCCGGGCAACGCGGGUCUCCAUGAUCAGUUACUAGCACUUCAAUGGGUUACCCAGCACAUACGGAACUUCAACGGAGACCCGGAGAACAUAACGCUUUUUGGCGAGAGUGCUGGGGCGGCCUCUGUGCACUUCAUGAUGUGUCUGCCGCAGGCUAAGGGGCUCUUCCACAAGGCCAUCAUGAUGUCCGGAUCGAUGCUGAGUCCCUGGGUGAAUGCUCCCGAAAGGGAUAGUGUAUUCUGUCGCCUGGCCACGUCUGCAGGAUACCAAGGACCCGCAGAAGAGGUCGCCAUAUUGGAGUUUCUGCGUAACGUGAAUGCCGAGAAACUCAUAGGCCACGAUUUCAUAUCACCCCGUGACCGUUGCUUUGGGUUUCUCAACUCAUUUGUUCCAGUUGUUGGCGGCUUGGUUGGAGCCCCAUUUCAGCAGCUGAUGAAGGAGGCGUGGUCCACCGAAGUGCCCCUGCUCCUGGGCGGCACUUCCUUCGAGGGACUGGUGUACUACCCUUUCUGUCAGCUGGAUAAUGGCUAUAUGCUGGAGCUGCUGAAACAUGAACCAGCGAUGGUACUGCCCCACGAGCUGUAUCAAUUAAUGAGCGUCAAGGAGCGGAAUACAGCGGCCGAAGCUCUUGUAAAGUAUCACUAUGGACCGCGCGGCAUCACCAAGAAUAACAUCACUCAGAUUUUAGAUCUUUUCAGCUACAAGUUAUUCUGGCACGGCCUACAUAGGGUGGUCCUCUCCAGAUUAUCUCUCGCACAAGCACCUACCUAUCUGUACCGGUUCGACUUUGAUUCGCCCAAGCUGAAUCUAAUGAGAAACCAGCUCUGCGGUGAUGACAUCAAGCGCGGUGUCUGCCAUGCGGAUGACUUGGGCUAUAUUUUCCACAAACAGGCCCAAACCAAGCAGCCGCUUGACUCCCCGGAGUUCCAGACCAUCCAGCGUAUGGUGGGCAUAUUGACCACGUUUGCCCGGACUGGCGAUCCCAAUUGCCCGGAGACGGGGUCGGAUCAGUGGUUGCCCGUCUCCACAAAGACGCCCUUCAAGGUAUUGAAUAUUGGACAGCAGGUGGAGUGUGUAACGCAGGUCGAAAAGGAUGGUCUGGAGGUGUGGAACGGGCUAUACAGUGACUUGAAGUAUGUGUUUUUAAUUUCAGUUUCGGUUCGGAGGUGGCGCGAUACAGUACGUAGCUCGUGCUCAUUAGUAUCUACAUACACAUAUUUAUAUAGCAAAUCGAUCGGAUCGUGUGUGUGCUCUAGUCCAUUCGAAAUGAAUAAGAACCUCGGCUUUGUGGAGCGCCUGCGGUGGCGCCUCAAAACCAUCGAGCAUAAAGUCCAGCAGUAUCGCCAGUCCACCAAUGAAACAGUAGUUGCCGACACGGAGUACGGCCAAGUGAGGGGUGUCAAACGUCUAUCGCUCUACGAUGUGCCCUACUUCAGUUUCGAAGGUAUCCCCUACGCACAGCCUCCAGUGGGGGAGUUGCGGUUCAAGGCUCCGCAAAGGCCCAUUCCCUGGGAGGGAGUUCGGGACUGCAGCCAGCCCAAGGAUAAGGCCGUCCAGGUGCAUUUCGUCUUCGAUAAGGUGGAGGGCUCCGAGGACUGCCUCUAUCUAAAUGUGUUCUCCAACAAUGUGAAGCCUGAUAAGGCCCGCCCGGUUAUGGUCUGGAUUCACGGAGGAGGUUUCAUUAUCGGCGAGGCCAAUCGGGAGUGGUACGGCCCGGACUACUUUAUGAAAGAAGAUGUGGUGCUCGUCACCAUACAAUACCGACUCGGUGCCUUGGGAUUUAUGAGUCUGAAGUCACCCGAGCUAAAUGUACCUGGAAAUGCUGGCCUCAAGGAUCAGGUCUUGGCCCUUAAGUGGAUUAAGAACAAUUGCGCUAGUUUCGGUGGAGAUCCCAACUGCAUCACUGUUUUCGGAGAAAGUGCAGGAGGCGCAUCCACUCACUACAUGAUGAUAACCGAACAGACACAAGGGCUCUUCCACCGGGGUAUCUUGCAGUCGGGCAGUGCCAUUUGUCCUUGGGCGUACAACGGCGAUAUCACCCACAAUCCCUACAGGAUAGCCAAGCUAGCUGGUUACAAGGGCGAGGACAACGACAAGGAAGUGCUGGAAUUUUUGCAGAACGUGAAGGCCAAAGACCUUAUACGCGUGGAGGAAAAUGUCCUCACAUUGGAGGACCGCAUGAACAAGAUAAUGUUUGCCUUUGGACCAUCCCUGGAACCAUUCUCCACGCCCGAGUGCGUGAUACCCAAGCCUCCAAAGGAGAUGAUGAAGACCGCCUGGAGUAACUCUAUCCCCAUGUUUAUAGGAAACACUUCGUACGAGGGACUGCUGUGGCUCCCAGAGGUCAAGCUUAUGCCGCAGGUAUCGCAGCAGCUUGAUGCUGGUACUCCUUUCAUUCCCAAAGAAUUGCUGGCCACGGAGCCCAAUAAGGAAAAGCUGGAUUCGUGGAGUGCAAAGAUCCGAGAUGCUCAUCGCACUGGACCAGAAAGCACCCCAGAUAAUUACAUGGAUCUCUGUUCGAUUCACUACUUUGUGUUUCCGGCCCUGAGGGUGGUCCACUCCCGUCACGCUUAUGCGGCUGGAGCACCAGUAUAUUUCUACCGGUUUGAUUUCGACUCCGAAGAGCUCAUUUUUCCAUACCGCAUUAUGCGAAUGGGACGCGGUGUCAAGGGGGUGAGCCAUGCCGACGAUUUGACCUACCAAUUCAGCAGCCUUCUGGCUCGGAGGUUGCCCAAGGAAAGUCGUGAGUACAGGAACAUCGAGCGAACUGUCGGCAUCUGGACACAGUUUGCUGCCACGGGUAAUCCCUACAGCGAGAAGAUUAACGGCAUGGACACGCUGACCAUUGAUCCAGUUCGAAAAUCCGACGAGGUCAUCAAGUGCCUCAACAUCAGUGAUGACCUGAAAUUCAUCGAUCUGCCUGAGUGGUCCAAGUCGAAGGUCUGGGAGAGCCUUUAUGAUGAAAACAAGGAUUUAUUGUUUUAAAUUGAACUUACUGUACUGUACAGGCUAACAAAUAAAUCUGUAGGAAUUGUAGAUAGGACAAAAUGCUUUAUAAAAUAUAUUCUACAAUGGGCUUCUUUUAUA